CAUCUCCACCCAUGCCGCCAUGGAAGCUACCUGCCCAACGCGGCUGCUUCGGUGAGUGUGUUUGCUGGCCGUCAUCGCCGCGCCGUGAACGCCCCACACCGCGACUCUCUCGAAAUUCUUCUUCCACACAGCGGGUCGCGUAGCAACAACCAACGACGAUGCCUCCUUCUCCUGCCCUCACGACGAAGAAGUCCAGUGGUAAGCUGGCGAGCUUGGCUUGGCUCGUCUUCAAGCUUGGGUUCGGACUUUUCAGCCUGGGCUAUACUUGGGUCACGGUUGCAUGGAAGAAUGGCGUCUUGCAGCCUCGAGACACGGCCGAAGAGAAGAAGGAGCUAGAAGCCGCCCAGCAAAGCUACUGGACCCUCGACCGCGAGCCGCUCCCAGGCUUCAGACACGCUUUCUUCACCACGUCCACCAGAGUCAACAUCCACUAUGUCGUCAACGCGAACGCCGACGCUCCUCCACCCCGCAACGUAGCCAUCUUCGUGCACGGCUUCCCCGACUCGUACCUGCUGUGGCGACACAUCCUGCAGAACCCCGUGCUGCAGCAGUCGCACACACUCGUUGCCGUUGACCUGCCUGGCUACGGUGGCAGCGACAGCUUGCCGAACUAUGGCCCGUACGAGCUUCUCGAAGCCAUGGCCGAGUUCAUCAUCGGCGUGAGGAAGCAGUUCUUGCAGCCAGACAGCAAGUGCGUCGUGGUCAGCCACGAUUGGGGAGCGCUCGUCUCUGCCAGGCUUGCCUCUGAGGCCCCAGAGCUCGCCGAUCGCUUCAUCAUCACCAGUGGCAUCAUCCCUCACGCGACUGCCAAUAACGCCAUCUCGCAGUGGACACUGGCUCGUCAGAUGCUGCGCACGUGGAUCAAGAGUCCUGCCAAUACCGCUCUCAUCAAGAACGCCUUCCGGGCCCUCAAGCCAGUACGAUCGCAGUUCAGCAGGUCUUUUUACAUAUUUUGCUUCCAUCUGCCUGCACCUCUGGACGCCUUCUUCGCCACCUUCGGCAACUACUGGUUCCUGCGUGUCAUACACAGUCUCGGCACAGGCCCGCAAAGAAAGGGCGAAGAUGUCCUCGCGAGGCUGAGCCCUAAAGAUGCUGCAGAGGCAAUGUGUCUGUCCACGGGUCCCGGAGCAUCUCAGCUGGUCGACCAGCCGGUUGGAGGCCUCCGCUAUGGCGAAUCGGUACGACAGCGGAUCAAGGAUCGUGGAAUGUCGGAGAAGAUACGAAUCUACCGCGAGGGUGUCUUCAUGGGACGAUGGGAGAAGUCAUUGGAGACUACUGCCGCGCUGUACGAGCUUCGUGCCGGCAACGAUCGAGCGUCUGGUGUCGCUCCUAGAGGCGCUUUGAAGGCUCCCACUACGCUCGUGCUUGGGGAACGCGAUCCAGCGUUCGACCUGAGGCUGGCUCUCGACAACGUUAGAGAGUAUCUUGUUAGCGGCUCCCAGGUACUGGUUGUGAAGGAAGCCGGGCAUUGGAUGCCGACCGAACCUACGGCUAGAGUGGUGUUGGAGCAGCUGACCCUAUGGGCUCUGAGUGAGGAGUCUACUGUGGGCAAGGCAACACCGUUUGCUGGGAUGCUCAACGUCAAAGUCAUCGAGGAGAUCUAAGAUGCCAUUGUACCUGAUCUGGGAACCCGGCACCAAGAGCAUGUGGUUGACUAUCUCAAGGUGUAGCCAACCAAUGUAUCGAUGCUGAAAUUCAUCGAACAUCGGCAUCGUGACGUCUUUGCGCGGACUGCCGGACGGCAUUGCCAAAUUUACACACGAUUCAUCUCUGUCUAUCACGUUUGAUAAUGAGGCCUUCAAUGAAGAGCUGGUGUUGCGGUAAACGGCGGGUAAAGUGAGGUUUCGCUCAUCAAGGUCCCACCCGGAACGGCCAGACAGCAAAUCAGACGACGCGGCGCACAACUCCCGCGUCCGCAUGGGGACCAGAGACAAAUUG